AUGGCGGAACUUGUGCUUGGCGCCAUCGGCGUAGUGCCAAUUGUCGGCUUUAUUCUUCAGUCCUAUAAGGCUAUAUCCAAGACGUUCCAUGACUUUCAACACUACUCAGCCGUCGUGAAGAGAACCCGAUUCACUCUCACGUUCCAGGAGCGAUUGUUCAAGAACAAAUGCCAACUUCUACUGCAGUUUGCGCACCGCGACGAUCAAACAGUCGAAGAGAUGUUGGACGAUCCCAACCACCCCGAAUGGACGAGCCCAGACCUAGAACGGGGCGAACGAUUGAAGGACACCAUUCGGCGCCUGCGGAAGGUACAAACUGGUUUCAAGAUUGUCAUCAACGAGACCGAAUACUGCCGAGUAAUAAGAGAUCUGAAAGAGUCCACCAAGGCUCUCACCUUGCUCAGAACACAGAUUCUGCAUCUUGAGAAAGGGGAAUUGUCGAUCCGCGUAAAGACGAGAGCGCCUCCGCCAGGUGAAUGGGCAGGCUUGCUGAAAACGCGCCGCGCAUCACAAGCCCUCCAUGAGGGGCUGUCAGAGGCCUGGAAUUGUCGACAGGUAGUGCACGAGAAACAUUUUGUCAAGCCCUUUACCGGGAGCGAGCACUGUUGCAACGAGAUACAGCUAAGCCUUGCUGUUGCCUGUCAAAGCAACUCUCAAGAGACGGUAUCCAGCACGCUUGUAGAGCUUAUCGUACGAUCCGAGGCUCUGAAUCAUCCCAAGCUACCGUCUACAAUGCUGCCUGCCGGCCAAGAGAUACCCAGAGCGAUCAAGCUGUCAGGGGUGAUUCAGGUUAAAGAAACGGCCUUCUCGACAAUCGCGAAUAACAUCAGCCCCCCGCAAAUAGACUCUAGAUGUAGUUCGUCUUGUGAUCUUCGCGACACGAAAGACUUCUGCUGGGAACUGACAAAGGGGGCUCGGCUGCUAUCGCAGAAGGCUAUCGCAGCAUGUAUCGGCCAUCUCGAUGUCACUACAGAUCCAGGCUAUCGGCAUUCGUUCUUUCCAGGCCUCAGUGAUGUGACCUGUCGCAAUCAAGCGGUGGCACUCUUACAGAUACUUGACCCUUCCACACGCGACUUCGUGUCUGCUGUUGACAAGCUCAAGCUUGCCCGGUCUCUUGUUCUAGCGAUUCUCAGGUUCCAUUCGACGCCAUGGCUCAGCGACUUAUGGAGACUGCAAGAUCUCUCGAUCUUCUCACAGAGUCAAGGGGACUUGCCAAAAGCACUCGAGACACUACAUGUAGGCGUUGGACUAACGCAGAAGAACGCAGACCGGCAAGUAGCUGAUUUUGCAGAAGACUUCCGGGCAGCAGCAAGCUACCGAAGUACGGGAGUCGAUUAUGACCAGCUCCUCUGUGGUAUUGAAAACCUCAGCUUACACAGCCUCGGAGUGGCGUUGAUCCAGAUUAAUAAGUGGCAAAUGCUUGAAGUCGAGACCCUGGACGACAUUGUCAAGAUCACAAGGAAGUGUCUUUGCUGUGACUUUGGCCAUGGCUACGACUUGACCAAAGCGGAAUUGCAGGAAGCAGUGUAUAACAACAUUGUAGGCGUGUUGGAGGAGAUGAUAGCUGUCUUGGAACUCAGCGAGGAGAACGACAGUUAUUUCUGAUUGAGCUACCUUACGAG